AUGAACGUGACUCCUCAGGAGAGAAGGAAAAACAUGAGAGAGCUGGCUCUGGAGAUCGGCAUCCGAGUUCUGCUCUUCGGAGUUUUUGUAUUCACCGAGUUCCUGGAGCCCUUUGAGAGAGUGAUCCAGCCUGAGGAGUUUUGGCUCUACAAGAAUCCUCUGGUGGAGUCGGACCACAUACCGAAGAGGGUCAUGUUUGCCAUCUCCUUCCUCACCCCGCUGGCCGUCAUCUUCGUGGUCAAGAUCAUCCAGAGGACAGACCGCACCGAGAUCAAGGAGGCGUGUUUAGCCGUGUCUCUGGCUCUGGCUCUGAACGGCGUCUUCACAAACACCAUCAAGUUGAUCGUCGGCAGACCCAGGCCGGAUUACAUCCAGCGCUGUUUCCCAGAUGGACAGAUGAACCCAAAGAUGCUGUGCACCGGGGAGCCCGAGCUCGUCUCAGAGGGACGCAAGAGCUUUCCCAGCAGCCACUCGUCCUUUGCGUUCUCUGGCCUGGGUUUCACCUCCUUCUACCUGGCGGGGAAGCUGCAGUGUUUCACGGACCAGGGCCGGGGUCGGAGCUGGCGUCUGUGUGCCAUGGUGCUUCCUCUCUACAGCGCCAUGAUGAUCGCUUUGUCCCGCACCUGCGACUACAAACACCACUGGCAAGACGCCGUUGUCGGGGGAAUCAUCGGCCUGUUGUUUGCCUACAUCUGCUAUCGGCAGCACUACCCCCCCUUCCUGCACACAGACUGCCAUCUGCCUUACGCCAGCCUGCCCGCCGCCCCCCACACGCCCGCACACCACCACCAGGACGACCCGCAGCCCACCGACAACGCCACCAGCCUUCCCCUGGAGGGUCUCACCGAAGGGCCCGUAUGA